AUGUCCGGAAAGGGUGAAAAAAUAUCUAAAAGUAAAAAAAAUAAAGGACCAGUGGUUAACGAUACAAUGCAACCAAAAGUAAAAGCAAAAGUUGGGACAAAAGGCCAACCGAAAGACAAAACAAUGAACCUUCCAAAAGGUACACCAAAGGGAAAACAAAACUUUAAACCAGAAAACAUAGCAAACGAUGCACCAAAAGAAAUCCCAAAAAAAGUACAAAGAGAUGAACCAAAAAACAACCCAAAAGGUACACCAAAAAACAUACCAAAAGUUGCACCAAACGAUAUCCCAAACGUUAUCCCAAAGGAAAACCCAAAGAACAACCCAAAGGAUAACCCAAGGGAUAACCCAAAGGAUAACCCAAAGGACAAUCCAAAGGACAAUCCAAAAGAACCGGAACCUCCUCUUCCAUCUGCUUCAUCUGCAUCACCAACAACUUCAAUAGUUGUUGAAACUACAAUAAAUCCAAAUUUAUCAGCUCAAUCCACAAUCAUACCUGAUAAACCCACAGUCACCAUUAGUAGUUCCAAUGAUGAAAAAGCAAGCAAAAGCGUUAUAGCCAUGUUCAUACGGAAAAAGCUUCCUGAAUUACGCAAGAAUAAAUCAAGAGGAGGGAUAUCUGUACAAAGAAAUUCUGAAAAUGAUGAUUUAAAUAAAAGCUUAAAUGUAAAUAAUACAAGUAAUUACCAAACGGAACCUCAUGGAAACAAAAUGACGGGCAUAUCGAUUGACAAUUAUAAUACGUCGCGACAAAUUCCAAUGAUGUCACGACCUCAAAAUCCUCCACAAGUAUAUUCAAAUCCGAUCAAUUAUUCAUAUGAUUAUCAACCCAGACCUUCGCCUUAUCCUCCGGGACAUGGCUAUGUAUAUAAAGACCCCGCAAUUUUAACUCCUUAUCAAAGAAAUCCAUCAUCACCACCACCUGUAAAUGAAGUUUAUUAUAAUAGAAAAGUCGCGCCCACCACCGCAUUACCAAAUCGAUCUAAUUAUAGCAAAUAUGAUCGAUUAAUGACUAAUGUACCAUAA